UUCUUAAUUUUCUCUUUCUCUAAUUAUUCAUCCCUCUUUCUUCCUUCUCCCUCUCUCUCUAUCUUUAGAUUAUCCAAACAAAAAAUUUGCCCCAUUCAAACAAUUAAUAGAGAAAAGGAGAGGAAAAAAACAAAGGUUUCUUUUCAACUCGAUCCUCUGGGCAAUUUUUGCCCUAAUAUCAUAUCUUUUCUCCUUCAUUUUGGAUCCACCAACUUUCUGGCUUUUUAAUUUCCUUUUCUUUAAUUUGUUCUUCAUAUAUGCAUGCUUGUUGCAUGCAUAUAAUAUCAAUAAUAUUUGAAAGAAUAUAUGGGGAAUGCAGUUAAGAGGAGAUAAAAUAAGCUUCCCUUUUUCAUCUCCUUUCUUUCCGCAUGGCUUAAGCGUUUACCUAAAACGGCAAAGGAAUCAGUUCUUCCUAUUGGCGUGGUCCUUUUGCUUGUGUUCUGUUUCAUCUCUAAGCAGAAUACACUUGGAUUUUUGGGGCUUUAUAAUCUAUACCAUGGCAACCAAAGUGAAGGGGAUUUACAAAUAUAUCACCAGUAUUUUUGUUGUUAAGGAGAGGGAGUUGGAGAUAGGAUGUCCAACUGAUGUUAAACAUGUGGCACAUAUUGGUUGGGAAGGUCCCUCUGGAAAUACACCCACUUGGAUGAAAGCAUUCAAGGCAGGGCCGGAAUUUGCAGCAACUUCUGUUGGUAGUUCUGGUUCUGCUUGGUCAUCUCAAGGUUAUUACUUCUUAAUAUAGCAUUAAAUAGAUUGGUAAGAAACGCAUAUGUAUGUGAAUACGUCCCAACUUUUUCUUUAUUGUGAGGAUUCAUCAAAAGUUGAUCAGAGUUCAAUUUGCU